AUGGAAAAGGAGCUUGUGGUGAAGUUACUAGAGGAGCUGAGGAAUGAGGGAACAACUUUGAAGCAUGCAGUUAGAGAAGUUUCUUUCCUUCAACAAGAAUUAGAGAAAAAAAGUACUGAGUUUAAUGAAACAAGUGCCAUUCUUCAUGCUAAAGAAACGGAGCUCGUUGAUGCUAAGAUGGAAAUCCAGCAUUUCAAAUCUGAAAAGGCUUCUCUUCAGGCUAUCUUGGAGGAGAAAGACUUGGAACUUUCUAAAGCUAGGAAGACGUUGGCAGAAGUAAACAAUGAAAUCUCUGAUCUCAAGCUGCUCUUGAGGGACAAAGAAGCACAACUUAUUGAAGCAACCUGUUCGCUGAAGGAGAAAGAUGAGCGUGUUAAAGCGGUCGAGAACAUAUUAAAAGACACAAACCUGAAAGCUUCCCAGGCUGAAGCUGUAUUAGAAAAAAUCUUAGAUGUUACAAACAAACUGGUUGCUUCCAUAAAGGAUGAAGAUAUUAACUCAUCAAGAGCACUACAUGAAGAGGGCAGUGAACUACUUGAGCAACUAAUCAAGGAACCGGAUAAUGAAGUGAGGUGGCAGCAAAAACGGCUUGAGAGUGAGCUUCAGUUAACCAAAGACAACUUAAAAGCAAAGGAGAUGGAGGUUCUGGCCGCACACAGGGCUCUAACAAUAAAAGAUGAGGAGCUCAAAAUGACACUUGCAAGGUUGGAUGCAAAGGAGGAAGAGUUAAAGAAAGUAAGGGAAAAGUUAACCGAAGACACAAAUGAUCUCAAAAGGCGGUAUGCCUUGACGCAGGAGAAAAUUGGUGAGAACAGCAUGGAAGAUUUGGCAGUUGAGAGACUUCAGCUGGAAGCAGCUCAGUCGGAAGUUGAAGCUGCCACUAGCGCUUUACAUAAACUCGCAGAAAUGAGACGACAACUAUUGACCAAGGCUAUCGGUAUUUACCAAAACCCUGAUUCGAUGACCGACUUGAACAACGCCUGUUUUGCUGAGGUAAAAGAAGGAAUUGCUAGACUCUCAGCUAUGACUGAUCAACUUGUGAGGGAGGUAGGUAUUGUUUCUGCAAAAUAG